GAGGUAGUUGACUGCGUGGAGCUUUUGGGGUUGUCUCUGUUUUGGUCCAAUUUUUGGAAAAAUGAAUAUACCUAACGAAUAUGUCUCAACGGCAGAGGAUAUAGCAGAUGGGGUAAUUAGAAAGUUGAAACACAUACUACCAACCCUUGCCAGGCUAUGUCUAAUUUCCACUUUCUUCGAAGAUGGUUUACGCAUGUGGUUCCAGUGGACAGAACAGAGGGAGUACAUGGACAUGUCUUGGGGGUGUGGCAAGUUCUUAGCAACUAUGUUUGUCUUAAUAAACUUGAUCGGACAGCUUGGAGGCUGUGCGAUGGUAAUAGUACGCUACCAAGUGAAUAUUGCUUGCGGAGUGCUAUUUUUCAUUGUUGUUUUACAGACCCUGGCCUACUCUAUUUUGUGGGAUCUUCAAUUCCUAUUCAGGAACUUAGCUCUGAUUGGGGCCCUCCUUCUGGUAUUGGCUGAAAGUAGAGGCGAGGCUAAGAGCCUUUUUGCAGGAGUACCAUCUUUAGGAGACAAUAAACCAAAGAACUACCUGCAGCUGACAGGUCGCAUAUUGCUGGCCUUCAUGUUCAUCACAUUGAUCCGGUUCGAGUUUAGUUUUCUACAGAUUCUGUUGGAUCUUUUGGGAUCAGCUCUCAUGGUGCUAGUGACAGUAGGAUACAAAACAAAAUUGUCGGCUUUGAUUCUAGUCUUGCUGCUCUCAACUCUGAACUUUUACCAUAACGCCUGGUGGAAUAUACCCGACUACAAACCGUUACGUGACUUCCUCAAGUACGACUUUUUCCAGACGCUGUCCGUUAUCGGAGGCCUCCUAAUGAUCGUCUACUUAGGUCCCGGAGGCGUUUCCAUGGACGAGCACAAGAAAAAGUGGUAGUCUCCACUGAUCUACUGACUGAAGCGAACAAUUCGUGGGAUUAUGUGACGCAAAACUCAUGCCGUUUUUCCUGUACCUUUUUGAUUCUCUAUACUUUACACUAGAAGCGAAAUCAUGCUGAAAUUGACGGGGAAUCAACUUUAUGUGCCGUUUUCCAGGCUGUCGAGGAAUUAUUUCCAAACCAUUUAUUUAAAAAUGUGUGUAUAUAUAUUUUUAUGUAAGGUUAUCAAAAAAAAUUUCACUUUGUAUAUCCCCAGUGGAGAUUGAGAUGUUUUUUAGGAUUCAUGCAGGGAGUUUCAGGAAGUUUUAUUUUAUUUAUUACUAGUAAUUUUGCAGUCAAUGAAGUUUGAGUUGAGAACUUCAUUUUUCUACAGCUAUUAAAAAAAUCAUCAACUUAGCUAAUGAUGGAGCUUCAAAAAGUUUAUUAUUCAAAUUAUAAUCCAAUUGGUAAAUUUUUUUAGAAAAUUAACUUUUUGUAUAAUUUCUUAUCAAAUCUCAUUUAUCAAUUGUAGGUUAAUAACCAUUCAUUCAGUAUAUUCUUUUAGUUUUCCUGCAAUUUAUCAGCAAUUCCAUUAGGAUCAUUGGAAUUCUCAUGACUUGAAAAUGUAUUUAAAAUUGACAACUGAUACUGAAAAUCUUAUAUAUUUAUACUUCUUUCCAAAUCCUAAGGAAAAUUAACACCAAGUGGUGUGUAAUUCUUCAAAUUAUUUUUUAUGGAAGUUUUAUGAUUUGCAUAUUUUCAUUAGUAUUUUGUUUAUUAUCCCAAAGACCAAUGGGAAUACUCUUGAAGACUUCAAAUGUUUUUUACUAUGAUUGAAGUUCCACAAAAUAUUUGUAUUUUUUCUUUUACAUCCCUUAAAUAAUUUUUCAGAUUUCUGAUUUUUUACAUUUUUUUUUUAUAUUUGAUUAUUGUUCAUGUUUUGAAUACAUUUCUAAGAAAUCAAUAAACAUUCAAAUUCGAGACUAUUUUGAGGAAUGUUCCUGUAAACAUUACAGCGAGAUUAAUAUUUCUGGUUUACAUCAAACUCUUCAAUGUCUUUGCCCUUUUUAUAUUUCAACCGUCUGAAUUUCCCUAGAAAAUGUUCAAUUUUGUGCUAUAUAAAAUAUUGGAAUUUAUCCAGAACAUUUUUCAAGUACCAUAAAUUUUUCAGGUUUUCCUAGAAAUUUGUAAAAAUUGAUCAUUUGAGAAAUUUUGUAUUAAACUGCUUUGCAAAUUUUCAGAAUCGUUUCUGUGAAAGUUACUAAUGAAUUAAUUCAUAACUUUUCUAGUCAUUUCAUUUUUUUAUAAUCUAUCAAAUAUUUAUUGAAUGUAAAACGUGGUGUAGAAUAAAUCCAAAACAAGCAGAAAUGCAGUACUGUUCUCGACACGUGUUUCACCAACCAAAUUACUUGAAGUUUUCUCGAGUAUGUUAUUGCAUUUCUGGUGAUUGGAAAAAGUGUUUGUUUUGGAUUUAUUGAAUGCGUAAGAAAAACCAUUUGCUACUUUCUGAAACCUCCCCGUAUAUCAAUCCCAGAAGAAGCUGUUUUUUGACAUUAUCUUAGACUAUGCAAUCGCAUAUAAGGUGAAAGUGAAUACUUGAAAGAUGUUACUUUUAUUUUUUAUAUAUAUUCAAGCUCAAUCUUGGUAAUGAGAUUUCUUCCAUGUAUUUCUUUCGUUGUAAGUUGAAUUUUUAUUUUAUAUGAGUGGGUUGUUAUUAUUAGGUCUUAAUAAAUUGAAUAUUUUUACUACUAA